AUGGAUGGUCCAUUUCUGUUCUUCACUUUUGGACUUGUUAUACUAGCACAUGUGACACUUCAUACAGAAGGUGUUGAGAAUAACCUGUGGGGUGUAACCAUGCUGGACAGUGAGGAGGGCGUCAUUGUUAAUGUUGGGUCUGUAGAUCCAUUAACAGGUCAGUUUCAUAACCGAACAACAACAUUCUGUUAUCUUGGGGGCGCUGCUGCUUUAUGA